CUUGACUUUCAGUUUUCGGAGACCGGCUUUGCAGGCAAAAGGAAACUUUUUUCCCAACACAAUACUCAGUGCAACAUGAAAUGUGCUACAUGCCCGCUGUAGGCAACGUUUUGGGCCCGGUGUCGGGAGCCGAAGGACUCCGCGCUUUGCACAGAUAGCGCAUGGGCACGCACAGCUGGCAAAAGACAACUUGAAACUCAAUAUCAAAAAUGGACGAUGGAAGGGUCGUGGGCGGUCUCUUGGCGCUGCUGGCUGAGUUGCAUGGGGCUUCGACUGAGUCUUGCGCCCUCAAGUCCCCGGCACUGGAGGAUGCGCUACACGAGUUGAAUGCGUCCAUGCGGAUCUGUGUCGGUCCGGAAGCAGCCGGCGUCCCGCCGUGUACGCCCCUCGGCUUGGACGAAGAACCGGACCAAUGCCGGCACGCCGUGUCCGUCGCGGCGCUGUGGCUGGACGCGGGAGCGCUGCAGGCGGGCCAAGCCGCGUUAGAAGCUACGGCAUGCAGGAUGCUGGCGGGAGACCCUGCAGCCAGCUGCAUUGCAAACGCGGGCCUGGCGCUGGUGUCCCACGCCGCCACGGCGCUGCAGCGGCUGGUGUACGGCCUGGAGGCGGGCGUGCUGCAGCCGGGCGACUGCGCGGCCGGCCUUGGCAGUGCCACAUCCAACAGCAGCAUCGCGACGCACGCAGCACCUAACGGGAUGAGCCGCCCACGAGCGCCUGACGGAGCGGCCGGAGCGUCCCGUGGCGCUGAGGCGCGCUGCACCGUGUCGCAGCUGCGGGCGCGGCUGGCCGAGCAGCUGACCUCGCCGGCGUUGGCUGUGGCGGUUGCCGACGUCGUGCGCGCCUGCCACUUAGCGCCGCCGCCGUCGCUUCCUAUUCCACCGGCCGCGGCGGCGUUGACGUCGAGUGCUUCCAGCUGCGCGUCAUGCGGCAGGGGUGGCGGCGGCAGCGCUGGUGCUCGGAGCUCCGGCGGCGGCUCGUCGGCGUCAUGCUCGCCCUGCAGCUGCUGCUCGCCGGCCGCCUCGCCGGCGUCCUCCUCCUCGCCGCGGUCGACAUCGCCGCGCAGUUCCCUCGACAUGGCCCGCGGCCCGGCGACAGGCAGCGGUGGGAUCGACUGCUCGGUGGCGUGGAGCGAGGGCCACCGCGAGGAUGCGACGGGUGGUAAGGGCGGCGCCAGCACUAGCAGCGGUAACAGCAGCAGUAGCAGCAACGUCAAGACUACUGCCGCGGCGCUUCUGGGCCGCGCGCGGCGCGCCUGCAGCGGGCAUGCGUGUGUGGCGUCGGUGCUGGGCAUGGCCUCGGGCGCGGCGGAGGCAGAUGCUGCAGACGUGGCUGUUGGCUGUGGCAUCACUGCCGCCGCCUCGGCCGCGCCCUCCCUGCUCAGCACACCGCACGGCGCGUGUGUGCUGGGCCGGUCCAGUCGAUACCUGUACCUGAUGUUGUGGUGCGCACACGACAGCGCCGCAGCCCCCGGCAUGACGGAGCCGCCAGGCUCCGAGGCGGAGGGCGCAGACGAGCAUCUGGCGUGCCCGGGGGCGGGGCCUGCCGGGGUGCUGCGUCUGGUGGCGGCGCUGGAGGCCAGUCAGCUGGUGGAGGUCCUGUGCGCCGCGUACCUGGUAACGCCCGCGCCCGCGCCGCCGCCGCCAUCAACACCGCGUCCGCAGCCGCCACCACAGCCUCUGCAGCCUGCCGCGGAUGCAGGAAGCGCAAGCGCUGGCGGUAUCCGUGGGCGCGUGCUCACGCAGAGGGAGCUGCGCAAGCAGAAAGGCAAGGCUCGCGGCGCGAAGCCACACACGGCGGCUGCAACCGCCGCCGCCAAAAGCUCCGCUCAGCAGCCUGGUGACGCACGACUUGCUGCUGGCAGCAUUCAGGCGGUCGAGGAGCAGGACGAGGAGGGCACAGAGACAGACCCGUACACAGCCCUGGUACGUAGCCUGCGCCACGGUCUCUGCAGCCUCGCCCACGCCACGUCGCUCCUCGCCACCCUGGCUUCAUCCCUGAACGCCACUGCUGCCGGGCGCACGGGUAGUGCUUGCGGCUCAAGCGCCUGCCUUAGCGGCUUUGGUUGCAGCUGUGGCGCCACGCUGGGGAUGCCGUGCCGUUCGGUAGAGCUGCCGCCGGCGCCGGUGGCUGUCCGUGCAGCCCAGCUGCUGCUGGCGCCCUCCGCUCAGCGUCUGCAGGUCAGCCUGCUCUGCCACCUGGCAAAAGGGACUGCGCUGGCGGCGGCUGCGGGCAUGGCGCUCGAAGCUAGCCCCUGCAGUGCAUGGCAGCCCUGGUGCUUCGGCCUCCUGGACUUGGUCUAUCCGCAUGCGCCGCCGCCGCCGCAUCAGCCGCCUCAGCCGCCUCAGGCACAGCAAAACAGCCGUGGCCACGCCUGCGACAAGCCUGGGGCUGGGUGUCGGCAGCAGCCGCGUCGUGAUGGACACCGGGCCGGGACAGAGAGGCUGGAGGCAGACGUCGCAGGUGAGAUGGAGGCGCGGGCGGCUCGUGACCUGGCGCUGCUGCCGCAGCUACAGCCGGCGCUGCUGGGGUGGGCCACACUGGAGCGACUGGGGCUGGGGGAGCAGCUGGAGGCAGCGCUUGCUGACGUGGCGGCUGUGGAUGCUGGGGCCGGCGGCGGCACUGUCCGGGCGCACGGCGGCAGCGGCCGUGGGCUGGGACUUGGCGGCGCUCUGGCAGGCGGCCGGGAUUGCUACGACUGGGUCAUUCCUGAGGUUGAAGAGGAGCCUGAGGGCGCGGCGGCUUGGGGCGCGUGCGAAGGGGGCACCUGUUCUGGCGGUUGGAAUGAAGACAGCAAUGGCGGCAUGGGUGUCAGCCCUUGCGGGCCGCGCCGCCGCGGGCCGUUGCAUCUGGAGGCGACGGCGAUCGCCACGGAGGCGUUGUGUCGGCUGCUGCGCGGGGACUGCGGGCCGCCUCCCAGCCCUGUGCUGCUGAAGCACGUCGCGCCACUGGACUCGGUGUAUGACAUCCUGCAAGGCGCGGUGUCGCGCCGCGGCUGCUCCUCCACAACCACCGAGCUGCAGCCGCUGCCGCUCUACGCGUGUAGCAACAGCAGCAGCAGCAGCAGCAUGCCAGGCUUCUCGCAGCCAGUAGAGUCGCCUUUUGCAGCCAGGACAAAAGGCGGGGACGCGGGCCUCAGUGGCGCUGUGCCAGCGGCAUGGGAGGCGCUUGCUUUGGCAGCGGGCGUGCAGGCGGCAGAGGCGGAGAUGGAGCUUGGGAUUGCUGCUGCGACGGCGGGCGCUGGCGGCUGCGUUGCCAAGGCAUUUCCCGGCUCAUCGCCGCAAGCACUGCAGCGUCUUACCCGCAACAUGGAGCUGUGCGUGGUGCUGGCUCGCAGCGCCGCGGCAGGCGGCAACAGCACUGCGGGCGGCGCUGCAGUACGCCAGCCCUCCAGCUCCGAGCAAACAGGCGAGGGUGGGGGCGCGGCGGACCGGGCAGACGGCCGUUUGGGAGACUGUCUCCGCCGGGCGCGUUGGGGUCCGACGUUGAACUCGUGCCUGCGACUGGCGACACGUGCAGCAGGCCUGGAGCAGCCGGGGCCGCCAGGCCCGGAGGCCCGCUUGGGUUGGCGCCUGUUAGACGUGGCCUGCGAGCUUGUGGCUCUCACCCCCACGGCCGCACUGUGGGCGCCGCAGCGGCGGCGGCCUGCGGAGGGGCCGCGCUAUGACAUGGCCGCCGCUGCAGACCUGUCUCCGCUGCUGCUGACGCUAGGCAAAAUGACUGCGGCGUCCGGGCGGCAGAUUCCUAGUCCGGCUGGGGCGGCCAAGGCUUCGCCGUUCUCGGGGCAUGACGAGGCAGGAGCCGAGGCCGGGAAUCCGGGGUUGCAGGAGCAGCUCACGGCCGCGUGCAAGCGGACCGAUCGGCUCCUGGCGGCGUGCGAUGCGGCCGCGAGGUCGGCCGUGGCGGCGCUCCGCGACUGCAGUGGAGGUGCGCUCACGCUGGCGCCAUUGAAGGGUGGUGGCGGCGGCGGCGGCAGUGCUGCCGGCGCCGGUCAACAGGCUGCAAGCACCCGCAGCACAACGGCGCCGGCGGCUGGCCAACUGGAGCUGCUGCGGGGUUCGGCGGCUGCAUGCCUGCGCUGUGGCUGCGCCGCCGCGGCACAGCGGCUGCAGGCCUCGCGGUCCCUCGUCCUGCACCACCAGCAGCCUGCUGGUGACAAGCUAGCGGCUGAGGAGGCCGGGACGGAGGCAGAGACGGCUGUCGCGCACGCAGUGGUGUGGUGCCGCUGGCUGGCUGUGCCGCUGGUUAGCUGGCUGCCCAGCCGCCAGGAGCUGCUGCCGGCGCGGCCGCUGGAGCUGCUGGCGGCCUGCCGCGACGCCCUGGUCGGGAUCUGCGGCCCAGAUGCGAGCCGUAGCGGCAGCAGCAUGGCAGCGGCCAAAGGUCUGGCAGGCGCAGCAGCGGUGGCAGGCACGGCGGUGAGGGAUGCAGUGCGGUCGCUCGCGGAACACCCGGGUGUGGGCAGAGAGGUCCGGGACGCGUGGCUGGGUGGUGGACCGACCAGCAGUGCUGAAGCACCCAUGGCUGCAGGUCCAGCAGCAGGGUUGCUGGCGGAGCUGCUGAAUGUGCUGGCGCAACCCAGCGAGACUGCAGUCCCCAACGGAACGGAGCAGCAGCCGCUGCCGAAGCAGCAGUUGCAGCAGGGCUUCAGCGGUGGACCUCAGGCGAACACGGAUGGUGGCAGCGGCCACGCGCAAGUGGUGGCUGGUGGCGGGGUGCUGGCAACCACAGCCCCAGCUGCAGCAGCUGCUGUAGCUGUGAGCCCCAGCGAUAGCGGCACCAGCAGCGCCGCCAUGGCUACCCGUGCCAGUUCAGCCCCAGCGCCAGUAUCCCGGGCUGCAGCCACCACAGCCGUAGCUCCGGACGUGGCAGCGCUGCUGGGCCAGGCGCGCACGCUGACACAGCUGCUGCGGGCGACGUCGGCAUCGCCAGCGGCGUCAGCGGCACGGGAUGGGGCCGGCGGCCUGCUGAGUUCCGCUCUGCCGCUGACAGCGCAGCCCACCCUGGCAGACGUAUCGCCGGUGUCGAAAUGUGCAGGCCGCAGCGACAAGGGCGGCGGAGAGAGCGGCGGGAGCUUCACGCUGAACGGAGGUUCCACCGCUGGUGUAGCCGGCUGCUUUGAUGAUUGCGCGCGCUAUCGUGUAGCGCAUGCAGCGGCGCUGUCGCGCGCACGUGACCUCAGCAGCGGAGUGUAAUGGUAUGAUACGAUGGCGGUGUGCUAUCAUAUGCACAGUGCAGCUGUGCUAGCUUAUGAAAUUUGUCCUUGCGUUUGCCGGGAGGUUAGCUAAAUCAUUGUUUGUAUAGGUAUAGUUGUCAGCAGUGUCUGGGCUGCCUGUGGUGCUAUCAGAGUACCAGGCACGUUUCCAAGUGCGCCUUCCCUUGUCGCAGCUCUUAUGUGUGUUUUAAUGUCGAGUGUAGUCGUAGCAGGUUGGGCCAUACAUAUUUGAAGGCUGAAUUGAAGGCGUAUGCAGCGCACUGGAGGUGUGCGUGCAGCCGCUACACGAUACACGCAGGUGGAGGACAGCCUAGUUUGCCUGCGGCAGCUCAACUACAGGCCUUCAGUGAGUGUCACGCGGGUGCGGUGAGGCGUAUCAGGCUCCAUCUGGACAAUAAGAAGCUGUUGACAGAAGCGGCCCGCGUUCCGUUGCGGCGGGCCCGCGCAAGAGCCCGCGGCAGUGCCAAGGGCUUGUAGCUGGCUUGGCAACCAUUUUGCACCCAUUGUAAACAGUUACUGAGUUUACCAUAUUUAGCCCGCCAAACGUUUCUAUCAUUCUACGCGUCAGGCGCUAGUAGGCCGGGCCAUUCCCCUCGAGCUUUCAGGGUCGAAUGACUCUGUGACAAAGGCACUCCAUACUUUACUGCAAAGCGAUGCGAGUUGGAUCAGAGGAAAACUGGGUGCCUGCCCGACUGCCCGACGGGGCCCGGUUUCAUGGGCAGCCUACCCGUGAGGACAUUAAAGGUAAUACAUCACAGUGCAUGGAUACCAUGUCAAGCAGCCCGGGGCUGCGCAGAGCAGUGCAAAAUUCUGUGACUGCACGUAAAUCGCGCUUUCAAUCGGGCCCUCGGCGCCACCUCCUGAGCUUGUCACAGGAUGGACAUACAUGCAUUGUAUUAUAUUUCAUAACGCAAAAAGAAACCUGGGGUGUUUUGACAUACUUUCCGUGGCAAGUUGAUUUGUGUAAUUUGGGGCCUUGUAUUUGCUGUCCGUGUGCUCCUAGGUAGCUACGGAAAGU